AUGCUUCCUGGCCACUUUGCCUCCUCGUUGGAAAACUCAGAUACAAUUUCUUUGAGCUUUGUCGACAGCCCCAAAAACCCGGCAGUUGAAGGUCGUUGCGCUCUAAAGGCUGGGCCCUCGUGCCUCUCCGCCUGGCUAGACCAACCUAACGCGUUUGGUCAUCGCUCGCCUUGUCUAUCGAUUUCAUCUCCGCCAUCCGACAAACAGAAUCCCGGUUUGGACUUGGCCAAGACUGUCGGGCCGCCCGCUAUCUCAGCAAUCGCUGUCGCUCGCCUCCUCCCGAUUCAGCCCACCUUGGCUGAUGGUGGUUGGCGUCCGGAGCCUGCCUGGCCCUCCCUCGCCUCCGUGUCCGUGGGCUCUUCCGGGUCUCAGAACGCCCAGCGGCGCCUCUUCACGCUGUCGUUUGCUUCUUCAGACCGUCUGCUUCCAAAUUCACCUCGCGACCCAGACCCCGCGAACCAAACGGCCGACGCCUCGCUCUUGACACCUGAACAUCAGUGCUUUGCAACCCCUGUGUGUCCGUCCGUUCAGGUCAAUCCUCUCUUCGUCCCAUCUCCCCCGGAUCCCGAAUUUGGGCUGGCAGCCCCCGUCCCAGCUUAUUUCAAGUUCUUCUGUAUGCUCUCGUCUGAUGAGCCUCACAUCAAGAAACUACGACGCUGA